AUGGGCGAGGCUAUUGUAGCUGAUUUGGCUGGCGGAUUGCUGGGCAAGCUUGUUUCACUUGCAGCAGAGGAAGUCGUCCAGGCCUGGAAUUUUCAUGAAGAUCUCGACACACUCCACCAGCGCAUGGAAUCAGUCGGGGCUCUCUUGUACGAUGCUCAUACCAAGAAUUUAAUCAUGUCUACUGCCAAAAACUGGUUUGACAAACUUGAAGCUGUUGCGAAUGUUGCUAAUGUAUUUAUGGAUGAACUUGCAUAUGAAGUCACUCGAAGAAAAGCGGAGAAUCGCCAUAAGUCACUUGACUUCUUCAUUCCUACCAAAAAUACCCUACUAUAUCGUCUCAAGGUAGCUCAUAAAAUCAAGUCCAUUCAAGCUUCCUUUGAUGAAAUUUUCAAAUCGGCAGUAGAUCUCGGACUACAGCCUGUAGCAUAUUUAAGGUCAACGGUGCAAGAUAGAGACAUCCGCAGCACCCCUUCAUAUGAAGACAAGUCAAUAAUAGUUGGACGAGAUGAAGAUGUAUCGUACCUAGUUCAAACAGUGUGCAAAAAACAUGAAGAGGAUUUAGAAGUCAUUGUUGUAGCGGGAAUGGGAGGUCAAGGCAAGACAACUCUUGCUCGUAUGGUUUUCAAUAGUGAUAAUGUCAUUACCAUGUUCCCGGAUCAGAGGAUGUGGAUUACUGUAUCAGAUGACUUUGACUUCAUUAAGAUUUUGAAUCAGAUGGUAGAAUCACUUACUUUAACCAACUUGGGGUUGACAAAUCCACAAGCACUUACCCGUAAACUUCAGGAGAGUCUAAAGGGAAAAAAGUUUCUGCUCAUACUUGAUGAUGUCUGGAAUGAAGAAUCGGUGAAGUGGGAUAACCUGACAAAUUCUUUGCUUGAAAUUGGUGGUGACAAAGGAAGCUGUAUUCUGGUUACCACCCGUAAACAAGAGGUCAUUAUUGCCAUGAGAAGUUGUGUGUCUUAUUGGCUGGAAAAAUUAACAGAGGAUGAAAGUUAUGAACUGUUCAAGAAAAUAGCAUUUUCAGAUGGAGGAGUUUUAGAGACCGAGGCAUUUGCGACCAUCGGGAGAAGCAUGGUGAAAAGGUGUGGUGGCCUACCUCUGGCAAUAAAGGCAUUGGCGGGGUUAUUAUACUCGAAGAAGUCUGAGCAAGAAUGGUUGGAGAUCCAAUGCAGUGAAACAUGGGAAUCAAAAAGUGUAUUGCCUUCCUUGAAGUUAUCAUAUGAUAAUUUACCUUCUUUGUCAUUGAAACAAUGUUUUGCAUAUUGCUCUAUUAUGCCAAAGAAUUCAUUCAUCUAUAAGGAUGAACUGAUACAGAUAUGGUUGGCAUUAGGGUUCCUCCUGCCCCCAAGAAGAAGUAUUGCACUGACGGAAGAUAUUGGCAGCAAAUACUUCAAAAUUCUGUUGGGAAAUUCUUUGUUACAAGACGAAGAAAAGGAUGAAUGUGGGAACAUCAUCAGAUGCAAGAUGCAUGAUCUAGUGCAUGAUCUUGCACUAGAAGUAUCUAAACAUCACUCGGUAUCUGUGAAGGCAGGUGAAGAGCUGAGUCAUGAUUGCAAGGCUGUAUACAUGAGGCUUGAUAACGGGGUUUCAACAAUCAAACCAACAAUUCUGAAGAGAGCCUUUGAGAGAGUACAAGUAUUAUAUGCAGGGGCAGAUAUCCUUCUUCAUGUGUUACCUUAUCUCACACACCUGACUGUUCUGGUGUUAAAUGCGGAUGAUAAUCAGGUUGCCCAGGAGUUGCCAUUUUCACUACGCAAGAUGAAAUAUCUUAAACAUCUCGAUAUUUCUCACUACAAAUUGCCUACUGACAUCACAGAACUGUACAACUUGCAGACACUGAGAGUUGGAGACCUAGAUGAGAUUCCAAAAAGGUUUAGCAACUUGAUUAAUCUGAGACAUUUGUACAUUCGUAACAACUAUGGUAAAAAAUGCAUGUUUAAUGGGAUAGAAAGGUUGAUUAGUCUGCAAACACUUCCUUACUUUGUUGUGAGUAAAAAUCAAAAUUGUCUCGUUGGACAACUGGGAGGGUUGAAACAUCUUAGUGGUGAGAUUAGACUCUAUGGCCUUUACGAGGUGGCAAAUAUCGAAGAAGCAAGAAAAGCAAAGCUUUGUGAGAAGUCCAGUAUUCAGUGUUUACAGUUGAACUGGAGGAAUACUGAAUUUGGUCACGAAGACAGUCAGCACAAUGAUGAGGAUGGGAGCAAUGAAGACGAAAUGGAAGACAAAGAAUACAACGACCAGGAUGUGAUGGAAGGAUUGGAACCUCACCCAAAUCUGAAAACAUUGAUGAUUGUCGGUUUUAGAGGAAAGAAGUUUGCAUCUUGGAUUACAGUGAUGCUGAACUUGGUGAAACUCACAUUGAGAAAUUGCAACCGAUGUGAAGUACUUCCACCACUUAGUCACCUUCCCAAAUUGAGGGAGAUAGUGAUUGAAGGGAUGAGAAAUCUUAGGGUUGUGGGAGAUGUUUUCUGUGGUGGCCAAAGUGUAUUUCCUCAACUUGAGAGGUUGAAUAUAGAGAAUUGUCCAAGGUUGAGAAAGAUACUGCCUAGUUGCACAGGGGUUAGUUCUCAGAGUGAAUUUCCUAAACUUGAGAUUUUGAAAAUUACAAAUUGCCCAAGGUUGAGAACGAUCCCGAAAAGUUAUUUUCCGUCCUUAAAGAAUUUGGUUAUUACUGAUUUGGAGAGUGAUAUGAUGUUGGGAACUAUGAGCAGAUAUGUUAGCUCAUUAACCUCUCUAUCGCUUUUGAGGAUCGGUGAUUGA